AUGGAGAACAGUCACCCCCCCCACCACCACCACCAGCAGCCCCCGCCGCAGCCCGGCCCUUCGGGCGAGAGGAGGAACCACCAUUGGAGAAGUUACAAGUUGAUGAUUGACCCAGCUUUGAAGAAGGGGCAUCAUAAACUGUACCGCUACGAUGGGCAGCAUUUCAGUCUGGCGAUGUCCAGCAAUCGCCCGGUGGAAAUUGUCGAGGAUCCCCGGGUGGUCGGAAUCUGGACCAAAAACAAGGAACUAGAGCUGUCGGUGCCCAAAUUCAAGAUUGAUGAGUUCUACGUAGGCCCGGUACCUCCGAAGCAGGUGACAUUUGCCAAGCUGAAUGAUAACAUCCGCGAAAACUUCCUGAGGGACAUGUGCAAGAAGUAUGGGGAGGUGGAGGAGGUGGAGAUCUUGUACAACCCCAAGACCAAGAAGCACUUGGGCAUUGCCAAGGUGGUCUUCGCCACGGUCAGGGGUGCCAGGGAGGCCGUUCAGCACUUGCAUAGUACUUCUGUCAUGGGGAACAUUAUCCACGUGGAGCUGGACACCAAGGGGGAAACCCGCAUGCGGUUCUAUGAGCUGUUGGUCACAGGCCGUUAUACACCGCAGACCCUCCCGGUGGGUGAGCUGGACGCCAUCUCUCCAAUCGUCAAUGAGACCCUGCAGCUGUCCGAUGCCCUGAAACGUCUCAAGGAUGGUAGUCUGUCUGCUGGGUGUGGCUCCGGCUCAUCCUCUGUCACCCCCAACAGCGGAGGGACACCCUUCUCCCAGGAUACAGCUUAUUCCAGCUGUCGUCUGGACACGCCCAACUCUUAUGGACAGGGCACGCCGCUCACACCACGCCUGGGCACCCCCUUCUCACAGGACUCGAGCUAUUCCAGCCGCCAACCCACACCCUCCUACCUCUUCAGUCAGGAUCCCGCAGUGACAUUCAAGGCCAGGCGCCAUGAGAGCAAGUUCACGGACGCUUAUAACCGCCGCCAUGAACAUCACUAUGUCCACAACUCUUCCUCAGUUACUACGGUGGCAGGGGCAGUGGCUGCCUUCCGGGGCUCCUCAGACCUGCCAUUCGGGGCAGUUGGCAGCAGUGGGGGCAGCAGCGGCGGCCCCUACAAAGCUCAGCCACAGGACUCAGCCACAUUUGCCCACACUCCUCCGCCUGCUCAAGUAACCCCUGCCCCUACCCCUGGAGUCACCUUUAAGUCAGCUUUCUCUCCCUAUCAGACCCCAACACCUCCCUUCCUGCCACCCCCCGAGGAGCCCACUGCUGCGGCCACCUUUGGGGCCCGCGAUGGUGGGGAGUUCCGGAGGGCACCGGUGCCCCCACCUCUGCCACCCACAGAGCCUGUGGCCAAGGAGAAGCCAGGUACUCCGCCUGGCCCUCCUCCCCCAGACACCAACAGUAUGGAGCUGGGGGGCCGGCCAACCUUCGGCUGGAGCCCGGAACCCUGUGACAGUCCUGGUACGCCCACACUGGAGUCAUCUCCUGCGGGGCCAGAGAAGCCACACGACAGCCUGGACUCCCGCAUUGAGAUGCUGCUAAAGGAACAACGCACCAAGCUGCCCUUCCUGCGGGAGCAGGACUCCGACACCGAGCUGCAGAUGGAGGGCAGCCCCAUCUCCUCCUCCUCCUCCCAGCUGUCCCCCCUUGCCCCCUUUAACACCAACUCCUAUCGUGGCCCCACACCACCCUCCUCACGACCCUCCAGCACCGGCUUGGAAGAUAUCAGCCCCACGCCAUUACCUGACUCAGAUGAGGAUGAUGAACUGGACUUGAGGUCCCGGCCCCCACCUGAGCCAGGCCCCCCAGACCCUUGUGGUUUUCUGGGCCAGAAAGGUGACACUGCCUUGGAACUAACCAGCGACAGGACCCCAACCUCUGAGAAGAUGGAUGAGGGCCAGCAGUCCUCAGGUGAAGACAUGGAGAUCUCAGACGACGAGAUGCCCUCGGCCCCUAUCACCAGUGCCGACUGCCCCAAGCCCUUGGUGGUGACCCCAGGGGCAGGGAUGACGAUGAUGACGAUGAAGACAGUGCUGACCCGGAAGACUCUGAAAAUGAAGACGAUGACACGGCCAGGUCUCAAACCAGCGAGAAGGAGGAGCUGGACUCAGAUGGAGGUGAGCUGGGCAGCAGGCAGGCAUGCACACACGCCCCCACCGCCACCCCCACCACAGCCCGGCUUCCCCAUGCCUCCACCUCUUCCACCACCGCCUCCCCCACCGCCCCCAGCCCAUCCAGCAGUGACUGUGCCCCCACCACCACUGCCGGCACCACCGCCCCCUGGCGUGCCGCCCCCACCCAUCAUGCCACCACUGCCCCCCUUCCCACCGGGCCUGUUUCCUGUGAUGCAGGUGGAUAUGAGCCACGUGCUGGGUGGCCAGUGGGGCGGCAUGCCCAUGUCCUUCCAGAUGCAGACGCAGAUGCUGAGCCGUCUGAUGACAGGCCAAGGCACCUGCCCUUACCCGCCCUUCAUGGCAGCUGCUGCUGCUGCCGCCACAGCCGGGCUGCAGUUUGUCAACCUGCCCCCCUACCGGGGCCCCUUUUCCCUGGGCAAUGCUGGCCCAGGCCGAGGGCAGCCUUGGCCCCCGCUGCCCAAGUUCGACCCAUCGGUGCCACCUCCAGGCUACGUACCUCGGCAGGAGGACCCACACAAGGCCACGGUGGACGGUGUCCUUCUGGUGGUACUCAAGGAGCUCAAGGCCACCAUGAAGCGUGACCUCAACCGCAAGAUGGUGGAGGUAGUGGCCUUCCGGGCCUUCGAUGAGUGGUGGGACAAGAAGGAACGCAUGGCCAAGGCCUCGCUGACCCCUGUGAAGUCAGGUGACAACAAGGAUGAGGACCGGCCAAAGCCCAAGGACCGCAUCGCCUCGUGUCUGCUGGAAUCAUGGGGCAAGGGGGAGGGCCUGGGCUAUGAGGGCCUGGGCCUGGGCAUUGGGCUGCGGGGGGCCAUUCGCCUGCCCUCCUUCAAGGUCAAGAGGAAGGAGCCACCAGACACAGCCUCAGCCAGUGACCAGAAGCGACUUCGGCCAUCCACCUCUGUAGAUGAGGAGGAUGAAGAGUUGGAGCGGGACCGGGACAUGACAGAUACCCCCUGCGAGCUUGCCAAGCGGGACCCCAAGAGUAUGGGUGUGCGUCGGCGUCCCGCACGACCCUUGGAGCUGGACAGUGGGGGAGAGGAGGAUGAGAAGGAGUCACUGUCUGAGGAGCAGGAGAGCACUGAGGAGGAGGAGGAGGAAGAGAUGGAAGAGGAGGAAGACGAUGAUGACGAUGAAGACAGUGCUGACCCGGAAGACUCUGAAAAUGAAGACGAUGACACGGCCAGGUCUCAAACCAGCGAGAAGGAGGAGCUGGACUCAGAUGGAGAGGAAACAGUGAGCAUCGCCACCUCCAAGGCAGAUACAGAGUCAUCCAGCGAGAGUUCUGAGUCCUCUGGCUUUGAAUCAAGCUCUGAGUCCUCAUCCUCAUCCUCAUCCUCGGAAGAUGAAGAGGAGGUGGCAGCAGAGGAGGAAGACGAGGAGGAGGAAGAGGAGAGCAUGGCUCCUCUUGCCCCCAAGGCCGUGGAAGAGGGUGUGGAAGAGUCUUCAGUGGUCACAGGAAUGCCUGUGGUGGAGACCUUGGGCCCAGAAGAGGAGGUGGACAUUGAAGUGGAGGACGAAGCUUCCAAGGAACCAGCUCAGAUGCUGGAGGAGCUCCCCUUGCCUGUGGGUGUUGAGGACCUGUCAGGCUGCAAGGAACCCCCCGAGGAGCCAGACCUGGGCCAGGAAGGGGCUAUGUCACUGUCUCCAGAGCCUGCCACUGAGAUGGAGGGUCGCCUCCUGCCACCCCCCGAGCACACCCCAGAGAACGACCUGGAAGCAGAGUCCAAGCCCCCGACAAUGCUGUCUUUGCCCCCUCAGCCACCAUUGCCACCCUCCCGGCCACCCCGCCCACCCAGCCCACCUCCGGAGCCCGAGCUCCCAGAACCCCCACUGCCACCUGCUCCUGUGGAACCUCCCACUGAGGAGCAGCCCCCACGAACACCAGGCCUUUGUGGUAGUCUGGCCAAGUCGCAGAGCACAGAGACGGUGCCUGCUACUCCGGGCAGGGAGCCCCCACUAUCCGGGGGCAGUAGCAACCUGUCUCUGAGUUCCCCUCAGGUGCCUGGCAGCCCCUUCUCUUACCCAACCCCAUCCCCCAGCCUGAGCAGUGGGGGCCUCCCUCGGACUCCAGGCCGGGACUUCAGCUUCACGCCCACCUUCCCCGAGUCCAGUGGGCCAUUGCUUCUGCCCGUCUGCCCCCUCCCAGCCAACCAGCGUGAUGAGCGGUCUGGGCCCCUGGCCUCCUCUGUGCUCCUGGAGGCUGGCCUGACCCUUCCUCUGCCCCUGCCCUUGCCCCUGCCUUUGACUUUACCUGUGCCUGUCCUGCGGACCCCAACACGGCCACCUGCCCAGCUGCCACCCCUUCUUUCUGCCCCCUUGACGCCUUGCUCGUCCUCCAAGAGGAAGCCGGGCCGGCCCCGGCGGUCCCCACCAGCUGUGCUCUCCUUGGAUGGACCCUUGGUCCGGCCGCCAGGGACUGCCCUAACCAGGGACCGUCUGCUCCUGCCAGGCCAGACACAGACCCCAGUCUUUCCCAGCACCCAUGACCCCCGGGCUGUAACCCUGGACUUCCGGAACGCGGGGAUCCCAGUGCCCCCUGCUCCCCUACCCCCUCAGCCCCCACUGCUCCCAGCCCCACUGCCUGUGGAACCCACCAAGCUACCCUUUAAGGAGCUUGAGAACCAGUGGCCCUCAGAGGCCAUCCCCCCAGGCUCCCGGGGUCGUGACGAGGCUACCGAGGAGGACGUGGAGCUCGCCAAGGUCCGGGGGCUGUGGCGCCGGCCGCUCAAGAAACGCCAUGAGGACUUGGUGGCAGGUACAACCUCGCCUGAGCUCUCGCCACCGCAGCCCCUCUUCCGGCCCCGCUCCGAGUUCGAGGAGAUGACCAUCCUGUAUGACAUUUGGAACGGGGGCAUUGAUGAGGAGGACAUCCGCUUCCUGUGUGUCACCUAUGAGCAGAUGCUGCAGCAGGACAACGGCAUGGACUGGCUCAACGACACGCUCUGGGUCUACCAUCCUUCCACCAGCCUUUCUUCAGCCAAGAGGAAGAAGCGGGAUGAUGGUCUCCCGGAGCACGUGACGGGCUGUGCCCGCAGCGAGGGCUUCUACACCAUUGACAAGAAGGACAAGCUCAGAUACCUCAACAGCAGCCGGGCCAGCACCGAUGAGCCCCCAGCUGACACCCAGGGCAUGAGCAUCCCUGCACAGCCUCACGCCUCCACUCGAGCAGGCUCGGAGCGGCGCUCGGAGCAGCGCCGUCUUCUAUCCUCCUUCACCGGCAGCUGUGACAGCGACCUGCUCAAGUUCAACCAGCUCAAGUUCCGGAAGAAGAAGCUCAAAUUCUGCAAGAGCCACAUCCAUGACUGGGGCCUGUUUGCCAUGGAGCCCAUUGCUGCCGAUGAGAUGGUCAUCGAGUAUGUGGGCCAGAACAUCCGCCAGGUGAUCGCGGACAUGCGGGAGAAGCGUUAUGAGGAUGAGGGCAUUGGCAGCAGCUACAUGUUCCGGGUGGACCAUGACACCAUUAUCGACGCCACCAAGUGUGGCAACUUUGCCCGCUUCAUCAACCACAGCUGCAACCCCAACUGCUAUGCCAAGGUGAUCACAGUGGAAUCCCAGAAGAAGAUCGUCAUCUAUUCGAAGCAGCACAUCAGCGUCAACGAGGAAAUCACCUACGACUACAAGUUCCCCAUCGAAGACGUCAAGAUCCCUUGCCUCUGUGGCUCCGAGAACUGCCGGGGAACCCUCAACUAG